AUGUCUACACCCUCCCUCCCUUCCCCCCUCCCUCCCUCCCUCCCUCCCUCUUUCUUUCCCUCGUUCUCUCGUUCCCUCGUUCUCUCGUUCCCUCGUUCCCUCUUUCCCUCCCUCUUUCCCUAUUUCCUUCCCUCUUUCUCUCCCUCCCUCUUUCCCUCUUUCCCUCCCUCUUUCUCUCCCUCCCUCUUUCCCUCUUUCCCUCCCUCGUUCCCUCCCUCCCUCGUUCCCUCCCUUGUUCCCUCCCUCGUUCACUCCCUCCCUCGUUCCCUCUCUCGUUCCCUCCCUCCCUCUCCACCUCCCUCCCUCUCUACCUCCCCACCUCCCUACCUCCCCCUCUCUCUAGCUCCCUCCCUCCCUUCCCCCCUCCCUCCCUCCCUCCCUCCCUGCCUUCCUCCCUCCCUCCCUCCCUCCCUCCCUCCCUCCCUCCCUCCCUCCCUCCCUCCCUCCCUCCCUCCCUCCCUCCCUCCCUCCUUCUUUUCCUCGUUCCCUCUUUCCCUUGUUCCCUCGUUCCCUCUUUCCCUCUUUCCUUCUUUCCCUCCCUCGUUCCCUCUCUCCCUCCCUCUUUCUUUCCCUCCCUCUUUCUUUCCCUCCCUCUUUCCCUCGUUCCCUCCCUCUUUCUUUCCCUCCCUCUUUCCCUCGUUCCCUCCCUCCCUCCCUCCCUCCCUCCCUCCCUCCCUCCCUCCCUCCCUCCCUCCCUCCCUCCCUCCCUCCCUCCCUUCCUCCCUCCCUCCCUCCCUCCUUCUUUCCCUCGUUCCCUCGUUCCCUCGUUCCUUCUUUCCCUCCCUCUUUCCCUCUCUCCCUCCCUCUUUCUUUCCCUCCCUCUUUCCCUCGUUCCCUCCCUCUUUCUUUCCCUCCCUCUUUCCCUCGUUCCCUCCCUCUUUCUCUCCCUCCCUCGUUCCCUCUUUCCCUCCCUCGUUCCCUCCCUCCCUCGUUCCCUCCUUCCAUCUUUCUCUCCCUCGUCCCCUCCCUCCCUCCCUGCUUACUUCCCUACCUCCCUGCUUUCCUCCGUGCUUACCUCCUAGCGUCCCUCCCUCCUUCCCUCCCUCCCUUCCUGCCUACCUACCUACCACCCUCCCUGCUCGUCUCCCUCGCUCCCUGCUUCCUUCCCGCUCUCCCUGUUUCCCUCCCUUCCUCCUCCCUCCCCUCCCUCCCUCCCCCCCCCUCCCUCCCUCCCUCCCUCCCUCCCUCGCUCCCUCCCGUCCCACCUUCCUCCGUUGCUCUCUUCCUCCAAUAUUUCUCCCUCCCUCCCUGCCUUUCUUACUCUCUCCCCUCCAAUCUCUCUCCCUACCUACCUACCUACCUACCCACCUACCUACCUACCCACCUACCUACCUACCCACCUACCUACCUACCCACCUACCUACCAACCCACCUACCUACAUACCUACCUACCUGCCUGCCUGCCUACCUACCUACCUACCUACCUACCUACCUACCUUCCUACCCACCUACCUACCUACCUACCUCCCUACCUACCUAACUACCUACCUCCCUCCAUCUCCCCCUCCCUCGCUUCCUCCCUCCCUCCCCCUCCCUCCCUCCCCCUACCCUCCUCCCUCCCUCCCUCCCCCUACCCUCCUCCCUCCCUCCCUCCCCCUACCCUCCUCCCUCCCUCCAUCCCUGCCUUCAUCCCUCCUUCCCUCUCUUCAGCCUUUCUUUCUCUCAGUUACCGUUCACACCCCUCUCCUUCGAUCUCUCGUGUCUCUUCCCCUCACUUACUUCUUUUCUACUAAUGUGACAAAGGCUGAAAGCAAGGCAUACUACCGCUGCAUAUCAAGCCUUCCCUGCUACAGCCACGCCGGCUCGCCUCCCUGCCCGGCCCGCAAGCAUAUCGACUUUGACGCUCACCAGCAGUUCUCCUCGCGCGCUCGCAGCACCAAGGCAUCGUGUGGUGGGGCUGCAGGGCUCGCGAGCAAUGCAGUGCAAGCAUCGUGUGGUACGGCUGCAGGGAGCGAUGCAGUGCGUGCCAUGUGUGGUGGGGCUGCAGGGAUCGUGAGCGAUGCAGUGCAAGCAUCGGAUGAGGCGGCUGCGCCGACAGCUGUGACGUCCUCUGGAAGUGAGAACGGUGGAAGUGAGAACGGUGCUGUGCCUCUGCUGCCUUCGUUACCUCUACUGCCUUCGUUGCCUCGAUGUGACACGGCGCUGAGCUCCUGGUGCGCCUGGCAGCAGGGAGAACUCUCUCUGGGGCUUUCUUCCACGCCUGCUAAGGGAUCCUUGGCUUGUGAUCGGACUGAGCAACGAGCAGAAUCACGUGGCGCUGCUUCCGAGACGUCUCACAAGUACCUGGGGCUUUCUUCCACGCCGGCUAAGGGGUUGGUGCAUUGCGAUCGGAUUGAGCAACGAGCAGGAUCAUGUGGCGCUGCUUUCGAGACAUCUCAGAAGUACUCGGGGCUUUCUUCCACGCCGGCUAAGGGAUUUGUUGCUUCCAAACGCAGAGUCAGUUUUCUAGGAGGUUCGGGAGUUGAGAGGCCUUCCCAGCUGAGCUUGGGGGAAGGUGGGGGGAAUCAAGAAGAGGCAAGGAGUGCUGGGAAUGGCUGUGAGGGGUUGGGAUUCAGAAAUGUUUUUUCAGCUAGUGAAGCAGCUGAGCAUUUGGUCAAGAGGACUGUUGGAACAACCUCAGAUGCUGCAGCUGGUCCAGUUGAUUUCAGAGUUGAUCCUAGAAGCAAUGUUGAGGAGUUUUUCCAGGUGAAUCUGGUAGAAGGGGAGGGACAUAGGCAAGAGACAAAGAGUGGUGGGAACGUGUCAGAGGGUUGGGGAGCUGGAGAGGCCUUUUCAACUGGUGGUGCAGCUGAACCUUCACUCAAGAGGUCGCCUGAAACAAUCUCGAAUGCUGCGGUUAGUCCAGCUGGUCACAGGAAUUGUCUUCUAGCAGCCUGGGAUGACAUUGACGAGUUUUGCCAGAUGGCCUUGGUGCAAGGCCUGGAGAAGCGUGAGGAGUUACGGAAUGGCAGCAGCGGCAGGGAGGUGAAGGUUGAGAGGGUGGUUCGUGAUAAUGAAGGAGAGGAGGUGAGGGUUGUGCGCGCCGGUAGGAGUGCUUCGGCAAGUAGUACGGCACCAGUGGAUCAUGAAGCGGAUAACGAAGAAUGUAAAACUAGCCAUAGGCCGCACGUGUGGGAGGUGGAGAGUGGCUGUGAGAAAGAGUGUAGGAAGGGAAGCAGAAAGAGAAAGCUGGAGAGUGGGGAUGAUUUGUCGCAGAGGAGUGAGGAUACUGUGCGGCCAGAGGGGAGGGUGGUCGUCUGCUGCAGGAGGGACGGGGUUGAAGCAUCUAGAGGAGUUCCCAGUGGCAGUGCAGCUGGAAGUGACAGUGCAGCAGCAACGGCAGGAGGGGGAAUGAUAGGGUUCACGGUGGGAGGAGGUCGAGGGAUCACAGCUGGUGAGAGCAACUAUGUGGCUCGUAGGGGGAGCGAUUCAGCAGAAGAAAAUGGUGCCGUCGUUGACUUUACGGACAGGAGGAGAGCAGCAGAAGCUAGUGCUCGUGGUGCAUUGCAGUGGGAAGAGGCUUCCCAGUCAAUGCUAGGGCCAGUGGCGGCACGGCAGGGGAAAGCGUUUUCUCCUGUGAAGCCAGCAACAGGUAACAGCAGUGAUGCGUGUCUCCUGAAGCAGGGGCGUGCAGGGAAUGGAGAAGCAGAAGGUGCUGCUGAAGUGUUGCAGCAGGGACUUCUGGGGUACACAAAAGAGCAGGCAGCGGAUGUUGGAGCUGAAGUGUUGCAGCAGUCAUCGCCUCUCAGAAAUGGGUCCGGCCACACCCCUUCGGCGUCCACAAGCUUCGCCGAUUCUUCGUGUACAGAGUUCGCCUCUCGUGCUGUCAACUAA